UGAUGACGUUUUACUCUUAAUUGUUAUUCGUUUGGUAUGAAUUAUGUUCUUCCAUUGUGCAUACAUGGCCUGGAAAUGCACUUUUCAGGAGUGUAUAUGGACACUCACAAGUCACAAUAGUCAUAUAUCUAAAAGUGAUGCCUAACUUUUAUAUGUUGCAUGUAAAAAAUUUAAAUAAAGUGGUAAGAACACAAACAUAAAUAAUUAAAUGUAAAAAUAAGAAUACAUGCUAUACAAGUUGGAUAAAAUUAAAUAAAUGUAUCUUGAUUGUUUUAUUAGUGCUUCGUAUAAUUACGAUAAAUGCUGUAUAUUGUUGUUAUGUGACAUCAAUUAUAUUGCGAUUUAUAGCUAACUUAAAAACGUAACAUAAAAACAAUAAUACGACAAAAAUGCAGUGAGUGUUAAAGUCACGGUAGAGGUACCAUAUACCAUUGAUAAAAUCGCAGAAUUGAUUAAUUUUAGCCUUCGAAUAUCAUAAAGUAUGCAUACAACUAAUUAUAUAUUAGUAAAAUGUGCAUGAUAAUAAUGUAGAAUAAACGAAAGAAAGUUUCGAUGAAAAUAUUAGUAUAAGGAUAUAGAAAAAAGUGUAGACAGAACAUUAAGAAGUGUAUUCGCAAAAUGAGUUUUUCCAGCGACGAAGUAAACUUUUUGGUUUAUAGAUAUCUUCAGGAAUCUGGUUUUGUACAUUCUGCUUUUGUGUUUGGUGUGGAAUCUCAUAUUUCACAAAGCAACAUAAAUGGCGCUUUGGUACCACCGGCAGCUCUUCUUACUAUUCUUCAGAAAGGCCUAAUGUAUACAGAAGUUGAAUGGAGCGUUGGUGAGGAUGGUGAAGCUGGUCGUUCAGUUGAAGGGUUAAGUUUAAUUGAUGCCGUUAUGCCCGAAGUAAAGCCACAAAAACCAGCAGUUGUAAAAUCAGAACAUGGGAAAGCCAGUGCGGACAGCAGUAGCGCAACUGCAUCGUCAACGACAACAGGUGGUGUUGUAAAAUCGGAAGUAAAAUCCGAGGGUAAUGUUCCAGGAGCUUCGACAAACAAUGAGCAAAACGUUGGAGGAACUCCAUCCGCAUCAGCUGAUUCUAAUGAAGCUGAUAGUAAUACUAAUUCAGCUGCAAAUACAACGUCUGUUGCACCAUCUGUCGGAACUGCUAAUACUACAGCUGGGACAACUAGUGACGCAUCUUCAACUGGAAAUAAAAAGGCCAACCCCUCGGAAACAGCAUCUGGCAGUUCUUUAGCCACAAAUGAUCUUACAACAAAUACAAAUGUCAAUAACGGCAUUACCUCAGGCACUAACGCUAAUGUCAAUGAACCAACAACGACCACAAAUUCAUCUGGUGAUAGCACUGCACGCAUAUGGGAUAUGUCCGAUGCAACAAGUAGCCCUAACCAAUUAGUUUUACGCCAUUGCAUUCAAAAGGGAGGUGCAGAAGUUCCAAGCAACAAAGAUGUUACAUCAUUAGAUUGGAAUUGCGAUGGCACCUUGCUAGCUACUGGCAGUUAUGAUGGGUACGCACGCAUAUGGAAAACUGAUGGUCGCUUAGCAUCAACUCUCGGUCAACAUAAAGGUCCAAUAUUUGCAUUAAAAUGGAAUAAACGGGGCAAUUAUAUACUCUCGGCUGGUGUUGAUAAAACUACUAUAAUCUGGGACGCUUCUACGGGACAAUGUAACCAACAAUUUUCUUUCCACAAUGCACCCGCACUCGAUGUCGAUUGGCAAACAAAUGUAUCAUUCGCUUCGUGUAGUACUGAUCAACGUAUCCAUGUGUGUCGCCUUGGCUCAGAUAUGCCAAUUAAAACAUUUAAAGGUCAUACUAAUGAGGUGAACGCUAUAAAGUGGUGUCCACAGGGUCAAUUGCUUGCCUCCUGCUCGGACGAUAUGACACUGAAAAUUUGGAGUAUGAAGCAAGACAAAUGCUGUCAUGAUUUACAAGCUCAUUCUAAGGAAAUCUAUACAAUCAAAUGGUCUCCCACUGGACCAGGAACACAAAAUCCUAACACGAAUCUAAUACUUGCUUCCGCUUCAUUUGACUCCACCGUACGUCUAUGGGAUGUUGAGCGCGGUACAUGCAUUCAUACUCUUACGAAACAUACAGAGCCUGUCUAUUCGGUAGCAUUUAGUCCAGACGGAAAGUAUUUAGCGUCAGGAAGUUUCGAUAAAUGUGUACAUAUUUGGAGUACUCAGUCGGGACAGUUAGUACACAGUUACAAAGGCACAGGUGGUAUUUUUGAGGUCUGUUGGAAUUCCAAGGGUACUAAAGUGGGUGCCAGCGCGUCGGAUGGUAGCGUUUUUGUGUUGGAUUUAAGAAAAAUUUAGAAUUUAGUUUAACUACUCUAUGAUAUACGAACAAUUAUUAUAAGAUAGUAUUUGAACAUCAAAUUAAAAGCAUGAAACAUUAGAACUUUAGGUAUGAACAUUAAAAGUAUAUUUAUUGGGUUUGAUGUAGAUUUCAAAGUAGAAUGUUUAGUAUAUUUUUAUAAUUUUGUAAAAUAAUAUUUCCAAAGCCCAAAAUAUUUGCAGAUCGAGUUUUCAGAACUACUUUAUUUCCUAUUUAGCUGCUUCGUUCAAUAAAUAUUUGCAAUAA